AUGCUCGGCCGGCGCCGGCAGAGCAUCCACGGCGGAUUCGGCCAGAUAUCCCCCGGAAAGGGCGGCGCUCCAUCUUUCGGCCGAGGCCUCAGCAGCAGUCAUAGUAGCACUCACGUUCGCCCCGGCCUGUCUCCUAGAGCUUCGUCGAACAACCUGGCCGAGGCCCACAACCGAUUGUCUGCUCUUGCAGAGACGCCCGAUUCACCGAGACCGCCCCAGUCCUCUGGCAACGACAGACCUUUCCACGAAGGUACCAACGGCUUUGGUGAAAGCCUUUCGGAUGCGAAUCGCUUGGGUUCGCCAAAUGGACCUGUAAAUGGAACCCACGACACCGAUGCGCUGGAUGUUGCCCCUCCUCCAGGCCCGCCCCCUUCCCAGGGCAAGGAUGCCGAAAGCAAGGACGCCGAGGGCUUCACAAUCCGCCCACCCGAUAACGACCCGAUCUCUCAGGCCCAGCGUGAGGCCGCGGAAGAAAACGAGCAGAUGUUCAAACUCAACAUUGCGAGCUCGCCCAUCGCAGAGGAAGAUGCCGACGCGAAGAAGGCUGCCAUGUCGAAUGUCGCCAAUACACUGACGCAGAUGGCCGCUCCCUCACGAAAGCUCGGAACUGUGCGAGGUCGUAGAGACGUCAGAAACACCAUCUAUGUGCCACCCCCCAGUAUGCCUGAGUCUGAGCUCACCACUGAAAACCCCUUCCCGACUUCGCCAUCACUCCCCAGCCAAUCGUCUAAGCCCACCACCGUGGCUGCCCUUACUUCUGAAGCAAGCAUCGCUGCCACGUCAGAUACUCAGUCCAUCCGCUCAGCCAACUCACUUGUGAGCCUGGCCCACCUAAAGCAUCCUGAGAUGCACGAGCCUGGUCUCAAUGCGUCCGUCAUCGAGACCGUAUCGGCAACUUUUGAGGAUGGAACGGUCACAAAUGCCAAGGUGCAUGGUGAAAUUGCCUUUGCCUACCAGGCAACUGGUGAUUCUCGGCCGGAUUAUGAGACCAUCAGAAUUAACAACUUCCCGAGCCUGGAAGUCAUUGGGCCGAACCGUAUCUUUGUCCAGAACUCUGGUAAAUCCGACGAGUUCAACUUGGACCUAUCGCAUCUUAACAAGACGGCUACGGCCUUCACAUAUAGAGUACAUGCCGGCGACGCUGAUGGCGCUGGUUUGGCGGCACACGUUCCGCUCUUGCUCCGCCCGGCUUGGAAACCUCAGGGUGACAAGCUCGGACUUCUCCUGCAGUACUCUCUCAACCCCGCAAGCAACCUGACGGCACCCGUGACGCUGCACAAUGUUGUUUUCGUUGCCACAUACGAGGGCGCCAAGGCCUCCGGUGCGCAGACGAAGCCCACAGGAACACAUCUCAAAGACAAGCACUUGGUGUACUGGCGCCUGGGCGACCUGACCCUCACUGCUGAGACGCAGAAGAUUGUCUGUCGCAUCAUCGGCGCUGAAAACGCGGAGCCCAAGCCAGGACACAUCGAGGCUCGAUGGGAGAUGACGCCAGAGGAUCUCAGCAGUGGCAUCUCCAUUUCUAGGUUGGAAGAGACCAAAGGUAAGGGCAAGGACGAGGAUGCCGACCCCUUUGCGGAUGACAACCCAACCUCGCCGGCACUGCCGGCUGACCAGCAAUGGGUGGACGUGCAAUUGGUGAAAAAGGUUACUAGUGGCAAGUAUGAGGCCAAAUAA